UGUAUGUGCGCCUUUAACAUCAUUCAGAAAUGGACAAUUUCUAAGCUUGUCGCACCGAAAGCAGGAAUUCGACUACGGCAGGCAAGAAUGGACCUUUUCCUUCGAGCCAUCGAGAUUGCCCGCCUAAGGAGCAUGAACGCUGGUUCUGCAUCCCUCGGGUGUGGGGACCGACCUUGUGUCCAGUCUUUCAUCGAGGCUGUCCUAACCUUCGUCAUUGUCAGUUCAGAGAGCCAUGUG